CUAGACCAAAAAAAUAAAACCCACAACCAAACCAAAAAGCAGUCAUCAGGUUCUUCUUCCUAUACCUCUUCCAAGGUUGCUGCUAAUAUGAAGUUCGAAGGAGAUGUCACUCUAAACUCAUUGGUUCGCCGAUUCCAACAUGGGUUUACCACACUUUCUCGUUCUUCUGGUCUUCACUUAUCUGUGACUGGUCUUCUGGGUAUUGCUGGCCUCGUUCUGGCUCUCAAAGACUCCAAAUUGGGCAAGCUCAGCAACUUACAGUGGCUACCCAAGAACCAUCAUGGUGAACCCAACUUUCUUUUGGUGCCUGGCUUGCAAAACCUCGGGAAAAAUUGUUUCUUGAAUGUGAUUUUGCAGGCUCUGGCUAGUUGUUCAUACUUUCAACCUUUUCUUGAAAAGAUUUUAGAGGAGUCUGAGGUCUUAGCAGUUGAGGAUUCCUCAGAUUGCGUGCCGCUUACAAUAUCUUUGGCUGCAUUGUUUGAAGAACUAUGUGCAGUAGGUGGAGGAAGAGUUGUAUUGAGUCCACGGCAAGUGAUGUUUGCGAUGGCACAUUACAUUGAGAACUUUGAUCUAACUAGUGAGCAGGAUGCUGCAGAAGCAUUUCUUCACCUUCUGUCGUCUUUAAGAGAAGAAUUCUCAGAUUUUUAUUGUCCAAAUCAAGGUUCUAUAGUGGAAGUCUUAGCCUCUAAUGGUAGGAUUAUUACUCCAAAGAGAGUGGAGAGCCAAAGUGAGCAGGAAAGAUGGAAGCAACACUUCUUUGGACCAUUUGAUGGAAUUCUUGGCAGUAUCCUAACAUGUCGAAGUUGUUCAUCGGAGAUAUCAUUGAACUUUGAAUCUUUUCACAGCUUGCCUCUUUCACCGGUGCUUAAUGGUGGUGCCACAAUUAUGGCUGGAUGUACCUUAGAGGAUUGCCUGAAGCAAUUCACUGCUGCUGAGCAAGUUCAGAAUUACCGCUGCAGCCAUUGUUGGCAUAUUGCUGCAGUCAAAUAUUUAUUAUCUAUGGGAGGAAAUGAGACAGCAGUUGAAAAGAUCGAGUGUUGCACCGAGGAAAAUUCCUGUGACUGUCAAAGACUUUUUCAUCUAGAAACACUACCAUGGUCAAAUAGAUUUUCACGUACUUUAAAGCAAAUAAGUAUUGCUCGCUGUCCAAAGAUUUUGUGCAUUCACCUAAAACGCGUUUCAGUCAAUGUAUUUGGAGAAUUCGUAAAACUUCGGGGCCAUAUUUCUUUUCCAUUGGUUUUGGACCUUUCAAGUUUCAUGACAAGUAGGGUGGGAAUAAAGAGUGGGGAGAAAAACUGGAAAACUGGACGAGUCCAACUACAAAGUGAAAACCCUAGUCCUCAGCCCAAUCAUUUCAACUUAGAGUAUGAUCCAAGAAGGUUAAAUAUUGUCCAGGGACUAGCAAGAGGAUGCACCUACCAAGAGUUGAAUACGAGUUGUGACUCAGUUCCUUUGGAUAUGUGUUUGUACCGUCUUGUUGCUGUUGUGGAGCACUUUGGAAGAGCCGGAAGUGGGCAUUACACUGUUUAUAGAAGUGUCUGGGUUGAUUUAUGUGGGGAACAACCUGGUGAUCAAUUUGACGCUUCUACUGCCCGCUGGUUUUCUAUUUCAGAUGCAGAGGUGUGCAGUGUGUCAAAGGAACAUGUCCUUGGUGCAGAAGCUAGCUUGCUUUUCUAUGAAAGGUAUCAAGGCUAGAGUGCCUAAAAGAUCAUGUUAUUCCGAGUAACGGAAACUGCAUUUUACUCUAGAAAGCUCAAAGCUGAUGCUUUGCAUGUGAGUUUAGGAAAAUCAUGUUAAGAUAGCAGGGGCACUGCUGAUACGUCUGCAACUCGAGUGGGCUGCAGAUGUCCAAUGAG